AAAUAAACAUAUAAUGUCUUGUUUAGUAUGUGAUGAUAAUGUAAUCGCUCGAAAUUUUUCUGUACACACGUGUGAGUCUUGUAAAGCAUUUUUUAGAAGAAAUGCUUAUAGAGUUCAGGAAUUUAAAUGUGAUUGGGAAAGAAAGUGUGUAAUUAGAAAAUCAACCAGGGUACAUUGCAUCAAAUGUAGAAUUGAUAAAUGUUUUGCUGUAGGAAUGAAAAAGGAAUUUAUAAGAAGUAACAGAGAAAAUGAAAUUAGAAAGAAAUUGAUUGAAGACAACAAACARAAACAAAUUUCUGAUAAAUGUUCAAAAACUUUAAUGAUUUGCCGCAAAAUCAAUAAAAACAAAAAUAGAGAAAAUAUUAGUGAAAACUAUAAUAAUUUGUUAACAGAUUGUAAUAAACAAWGUAAUUAUGUAAAUACAUGUAGUGUUGAAUCACUAUUGUCUCCGAUUAUUGAUGUAUACAAUUGGCAACAAUUAGAGUUUAGACGAAUUUCAGAGCUCUUAAAGUGCAUACCUGUUCUCGAUAUGCGUGUGACUAACAAAUAUAUAAUUGUCACCAAAAAGAGUGAUAUCUUAAGCAUCCGGAGCCGAAACGUCAACCGUUCGGUUCAAAACUUUGUCCAUUUUGCUCAAAGUUUAGACAGUUUUACACACAUGUGUUCAGAGGAUCAGUUGGCGCUUAUUAAAAAUUUCAUCGAGUAA